AUACUUUUCUGGGUCACAAAUCAAAACUACUGAUCACUCAAAAAACAACAACAAUGGCUGCUCCAUUACUCCUUCGAAGUCUACCACUUCUCCGGCUCCGUUUAAGCUAUCAGCGCCACCACUAUCCUCCUAGCUUCGUUUUACUUUCUCCCAAGCUGUUUUCAGCUGCUUCCGAUUCGGCUCAGCCGUCCGACGCCGCCGCGUUAAGCGCUAAGGACCCGCCAAAGUACCCGAGAUGGCCUGACCCGAAUUACAGAAAAUGGAAAGACCAGGAAACUCAGAUACUCAAGGAAAUUGAGCCUGUUAUUUUUCUCGCUAAAGAAAUUAUCCACUCCGAUAGGUAUAUGGAUGGAGAACGGUUGACAGCAGAAGAUGAGAAAAUAGUGGUAGACAAGCUUCUUGCUUAUCAUCCCCAUUGUGAAGAUAAAAUUGGAUGUGGCCUCGACUCAAUUAUGGUUGAUCGACAUCCACAGUUCAGACGAUCUAGGUGUCUCUUUGUCGUAAGAACAGACGGUGGAUGGAUAGACUUUUCCUAUCAGAAGUGUCUGAGACAGUUCGUUCGAGAUAAGUACCCUUCUUAUGCCGAGAGAUUCAUAAAAGAACACUUCAAACGUGGUAGUUGAGUUUUGUUUUAGGCAGUUUCUCCUCACAUAAAUACCAAAGCUGGAAGCUGUUGGCCUGUAGAGCCCUCAUGGUGAGUCUUUUUCAAUGAACAAGUAAACAACGGAUCUUAUGAAUGCUUGGUGUGCGGCAAAAGGUUUUUCAUGGAUUCAAUGACCAACAAAUGACUUUUUGAUACCUUUAGUCAAUGUGGUAGAUAUUAGUUGACCAGCAUUUCAAGUUUUAUUUAGUGAAAAAAGAAAGUUGAUGGAAGUAAACAUUGAUAAAGAGCACACUUCCAUAUUAAUUAGUUGUCUUUGCUUGUAAUGUUGACUGUCACUCUUUUUUGGUGAAAUCACCGUCUCUAUCUUCUUUAAUUUCUCAAGGCACAUUACCUGGCA